GACUACUCUGUCCCCCUGCACGUGGGGGCCCUCUUUGUCCUCCUCAUCGCCUCGGCCCUCGGCUGCGCUAUCCCUCACGCAGCCAAUGUCAUCUACAAGAUGCGCGGCCGCAAGGAGUUGCGCUUCAUCCUCAAGCACUUCGGCUCCGGCAUCCUACUGAGCACGGCGUUCAUCCACCUCCUGUUCCACUCGUUCGUCUGGUUCUCCAACUCUUGCGUCGGUGAACUCAAGUACGAGGCAGCCUCGGCCGCAAUCGCCAUGGCUGCCGUGUACGUGUGCUUCCUCCUCGACUUCAUCGCGCUGCGCAGCGUGCGCCAGCGGGUGAUGCAGGCGCGUCAGACCUUGCUUGCCCGUAGUGGGCCGCAAGGUGGCGCGGGGACGGGUUCGGAGGACGAUGAGAAGCUCGGCCAUCGCGAGGAGGCUCUCUCGAGGGAUGACGCGAGUGAGCAACUGGACCGGGAAGAAUUCCGACUCAACAAAUGGAGCAUCGUCUCCCUCGAGGCCGGAAUCGUCUUCCACUCGAUCAUCAUCGGUGUCACACUCGGUGCCUCCUCGGGUGAAGGCUGGGUCCCCCUCUUGAUCGCCAUUACAUUCCACCAAUUCUGCGAAGCCCUCGGUCUCGCCAGCCGUAUCGCCUUUGUGCUAGAGCGAGCCCACGCCGAGGUCUCUCACCGAAUGCUCAAGAUCGUGCUGCACAGCGUCUUCAUCCUUAGCACGUCCUUUGGUAUCGCCAUCGGAAUCGGGGUCCGCAAGUCCUUCAAUGGCAACGAUCGCGAUACGCUCCUCACCAUCGGUGUUCUGGACAGCGUCUCGGCCGGUAUCCUGCUGUACAGCAGUCUGACGCAGAUUUUGCCAAAGGACUGGUUGGAGAGCAGGGAGAUGCUCACCUGCGGGUGGGGCAGAAUCGCGGCGGGGCUGGGAAGCUUUACGGCUGGGUUGUUCAUUAUGGUGAGUUUGCGCGGGGCGUGGCGUGAGACGUGA